AUGAAGUUCAACGCCUUCAACGUGCUGGUGGUGAUUUUUGUGGCGCUUGGUACACUGUCAACUGCUUAUGGCCUUGCUAUCAUUGGCUCAACGUCUGGGCAACCAAACUUCUACACGUACUUCAAUCUGCCGGUACAAGGCGACCCUGGCUAUGCGCACACGACCAACGUCCUCGGAGGCCUGAAUGGCGCAAACAGCGGCGGUGCCUUCUUGGGCUGCAUCGUUAGCAGCUGGGCAGCCGACAAAUACGGUCGCAAAGCCGCAAUCAUGAUCGGCUGCGUUUUCAUCAUCAUCGGCGGUGCGCUUAACGCAGGCUCUGUCGCGAUCUCCAUGUUCGCCGUCGGCCGUAUUGUGGCCGGAGUGGGAUCUGGAAUCCUCGCCAUCGUCACGCCCAUGUACCAAGGAGAAGUCGCUACGGCUGAGACCCGGGGUGCCAUGAUGUGUGUCACGGGUAUCAUGUGGGCUUGGGGAUAUAGCUUCGCAGGCUGGAUUGGGUACGGCUGCGCCUAUAUACCCGGGAGCUCACCUCACGCUUCCGCCGCCUGGCGGUUCCCCUUGGUGUUUCAAUGCGUUCCGCCUUUGAUCGUCAUACUCGGCAGCAAAUUCAUUCCCGAAUCGCCUCGCUGGCUUCUCAGCCAAGACAAGACCGAAGAAGCCUUCAAUAUUGUCAAACGCCUGCACGGCCAAAAGGACGACCCGGAGCAAAUAAAGGCCAAAGAAGAGUUUUACUUGAUGGAGAAGCAGCACGAAGCCGAUAAGAAGCUGUCCCUGGGUCGGAAGUUUGAAAUCCUCCGCACCAAGGCCAAUCGACGCCGUGCCCUUAUCUCCUUUUUACUGAUGUUCUUCGAUCAGAUGAUGGGUGUCUAUGUCCUGGCGAACUACGGUGUACUUAUCUAUACCUCGCUCGGCUUGAAAGGCAGCAUCCCGCUGCUGCUGAAUGCUUGCUGGACCACCUAUACCAUUUUCGGCAAUACGCUGACAGCAUUCCUUGUUGAUCGCUUCGGCCGCAGACCUCUCUUGCUGAUUGGUACAACCGGCUGUCUGAUGUGCCUGAUCUUCGAGGCGGCGCUGACGGCCACCUACCUUGGUGGAACAAGUAAAGCUGGUUUGAACGCUUGCGUGUUCUUUAUUUGGCUCUACAUUACCUUCUGGUGCUCCUGCAUGGAUGCAACACAGUUUGUAUACGUGUCCGAAAUCUGGCCCAACCACCUGCGCUCGCAAGGUACGGCAUUGGGGCUAGCAGUCUUCUUCUUGACGAGCGAAAUCACCCUGGUUGCUGCCCCAGUGGCUUUGAACGAUAUUGGCUGGAAAUUCUACCUCGUCCUUAUUUGUCCCACCGUUAUAUAUCUACCUAUUAUCUACUUCUUCUUCCCAGAGACCGCGAACAGGACCCUUGAGGAGAUCGGGACGCUAUUCGGAGACAAGCACGUCGCCGUCCACUGGUACGGCAUCAGCGAAGAGGAGAAGGAGAAGAUUCAUCAAGGUGCAUUGCAUCUUACUGAGACUGGGCACAUCGCGGACGAAGGUGUCGAGGUCUUUGAGGUGCCUACCGCAGCAGUUGUCAAAACUGAGCAGCUUGAGAAAUCAGUUUGA